AUGGUUGAGUAUUAUCAGGCAAUACCUCAACAUCAUCAAAAUACACCAUCACAUCAUCAUCAUCAUCCUCCACCACCACCAAAUUCACAAGGAUACUAUACUCCUGGUUGUGAAUAUGCUCAACCAGAAGAAGAAUGGGAUAGAGAACAGUUACUUGAUCCAGCAUGGGAACAACAACAACGAAAGACAUUCACAGCAUGGUGUAAUAGUCAUCUAAGAAAAGCUGGUACUGGAAUAGAAGAGUUAGGUGAAGAUUUUCAGAAUGGUCUUAAAUUGAUGCUUCUUCUUGAAGUUAUAUCUGGUGAACCAUUACCAAGACCAGAUCGUGGAAGAAUGCGUUUUCAUAAAAUUGCUAAUGUAAAUAAAGCUUUAGAAUAUAUUGAAUCUAAAGGUGUAAAACUUGUUUCUAUUGGUGCUGAAGAAAUUGUUGAUGGAAAUCUUAAAAUGACAUUAGGUCUUAUUUGGACAAUUAUUCUUCGUUUUGCUAUUCAAGAUAUUUCUGUUGGUGAAUUAUCAGCAAGAGAUGGUCUUUUACUUUGGUGCCAAAGAAAAACAGCACCUUACAAUAAUGUUAAUGUUCAGAAUUUUAACACAAGUUGGAAGGAUGGUUUAGCUUUUUGUGCACUUAUUCAUAGACAUAGACCAGAACUUUUAGAUUACUCCAAAUUGAGUAAGAAUGAUCCUAUUCAUAAUUUAAAUUUAGCUUUUGAUAUUGCUGAGAAACAUCUUGAUAUUCCAAAAAUGCUUGAUCCAGAAGAUAUGGUUUAUUAUCAUAAGCCGGAUGAGAAAUCAGUAAUGACUUAUGUCUCAUGCCUUUAUCAUGCCUUCAAGAAUACUCAACAUGCUGAGUUUGUACCAAAUUCUGAAACUGCUGCAAAUAGAAUAUGUCGUGUAUUGAAGGUAAAUCAAGAAAAUGAAAAAAUGAUGGAAGACUAUGAGUCAAUGGCAUCAGAUCUUCUUUCAUGGAUUAAGAGGUGGAUGCCAUGGUUAGCUGACAGACCAGAUGGUAUGACAAUAGAUGAUUGUCGUCGAAGAAUGGAUGAAUUUAGAAAUUAUCGUCUUAUUGAGAAACCACCAAAAAUUGAAGAUAAAGGAAAUUUAGAAACAUUAUUUAAUACUCUUCAAACAAAAUUAAGAUUAUCUAAUAGACCAGCUUUCUUACCAUCAGAAGGACAUCUUAUCAAUGAUAUUAAUUUAGCUUGGGAUGGUUUAGAAAGAAAUGAGAAAGGAUUUGAAGAAUGGUUGUUAAGUGAAAUGAUGAGACUUGAAAGAUUAGAACAUUUAGCUGAGAAAUUUAGAAGAAAAUGUCUUAUGCAUGAGGAAUGGACUAAUGGUAAGGAGGCAUAUCUUGUAUCUAAUGAUUGGAGAUCUGCUCGUGUCUAUGAAAUAAAAGCUCUCCGUAAAAAACAUGAAGCUUUUGAAAGUGAUUUUGAAACUCAUCAAGAAAGAGUUGAUCAGAUAGCUGCUAUUGCUAGAGAAUUAAAUACAUUAAGAUAUCCUAAAAUUGGACCAAUAAAUGAUAAAUGUAAAGAAAUAUGUGAACAUUGGGAUAGAUUAAGAAAAUUAUCUGAAGCUAGAAGAAGAUUAGAAGAAGUUGAAAAAGUAACAGAAAAAAUUGACACUCUUCAAUUAUCUUAUGCUAAAAGAGCAGCUCCAUUUAAUAAUUGGCUUGAUUCAACAAGAGAAGAUCUUGCUGAUAUUGUUCUUGUAAGAUCAUUAAAAGAAGUUGAUGAAUUAUUAGAUAGUCACAAUAAAUUCAAAUCAACUCUUAAUGCAGCUGAUGUAGAAUUUAAAGAUAUUAUUAAUAUGGAACAUGAAAUUCAAAAAUUAAUUGAUAAUUAUGGUUUGGAUAGAUCUAUAGGUAAAAAUCCUUAUACAGAUAUAACACCAGUAACAUUAUCAAAAAAAUGGAGUGAAGUACAGGUAGCAGUACCUAAACGUGAUGAAAGAUUGGAAACAGAAUAUUCAAGACAACAAAAUAAUGAUCGUCUUCGUCAGAUAUUUGGUGAUAAAGCUAAUACAUUAGGUUCAUGGUUAGAAAAUCAAUUAGAAAAAGUUAUAAAUAUAGGUAUGGGUGGUAGAGGAUCACUUGAAACAGCUAUCAAUCAAUUAAAACAUAUUCAAAAUGACAUUCAACCAUACAAAAGGCAUCUUGAUGAAUUAGAAAGAAUUCAUCAAGAAAUGCAAGAAAAUUAUGUUUUUGAUUGUAAAAAUAGUCGAUAUUCAAUGGAAUCAUUACGUGUUGGUUGGGAAAGUUUAUUAACUUCAAUAAAUAGAACAAUAAAUGAAUGUGAAAAUCAAAUAUUAUUAAGAGAUUCAAAAGGAAUAAAAGAAGAACAAUUAAAUGAAAUAAGGAGUAGUUUUAAUUACUUUGACAAAGAUCGUGUUGGAUUAGAUGAAGAACAAUUAAAAAGUUGUUUAAUAUCUGUUGGUUAUAAUAUUAGACCAGGAAAAGAUGGUGAUCAUGAUAUGGAGAGAGUCUUAUCAUUUGUUGAUCCAAAUAGAAUGGGACGUAUUCCAUUUGAUGCUUUCCUUGAUUUUAUGACUCGUGAAACAGCUGAUUCAGAUACAAUUGAACAAUGUAUUGAUUCAUUUAGAAUUCUUGCUCAAGGUCGUCCAUACAUUACUGCCGAUGAAAUUAGAAAAGAAUUACCACCUCAUGAAGCUGAAUAUUGUAUUAGGGGAAUGGAAAGAUAUGGUAGAAAUCAAAAUACUCCACCAGGUACAUAUGAUUAUGUUUCUUUUAGUAAAAGUUUAUAUGCAAUUUAA